UGACCACCCUAACCUUGCCCUUUUCCUCAUACUACUUUCUUUAAAAUCGUAAUAACCAGAUUUAACAAUGUGGAGAUUCAUAACACACAAAACAAGAAAUCUCAUAACUAGUACAAUAACCAAAACUACUUCUCCUAUUUCUUCUUCUUCUUCUACUACUACUAUUUCCCCAUUAACUGCUCCUCUUCGUUUCUUGUCCACUCUUCAACCUGAUUCAAUGGGUUCUGAUUAUUCAUCCACUCCCGUCACUAUUGAUACCAUUAAUCCCAAGGUUUUGAAAUGUGAGUAUGCUGUCCGGGGAGAGAUUGUCACACUUGCUCAGAAAUUGCAGCAAGACCUCAAGGACAAUCCGGGUUCUCAUCCAUUUGAUGAGAUCUUGUACUGCAAUAUUGGAAAUCCUCAAUCACUGGCUCAGCAGCCUAUCACUUUCUUUAGAGAGGUCCUUGCAUUGUGUGACCAUCCAUCUAUCUUGGACAAAAGUGAAACACAAGGUCUGUUCAGUGCGGAUGCCAUUGAACGAGCUUUCCAGAUCCUUGACCAAAUUCCAGGGAGAGCAACUGGUGCAUACAGCCACAGUCAGGGUAUCAAAGGAUUACGCGACACUAUCGCUUCUGGUAUUGAAGCUCGUGAUGGCUUCCCUGCUGAUCCAAAUGAUCUUUUCUUGACUGAUGGUGCAAGCCCAGCGGUUCACAUGAUGAUGCAGCUGCUCAUCAGGUCAGAGAAUGAUGGAAUUCUCUGUCCCAUUCCCCAGUAUCCUCUUUACUCUGCUUCAAUCGCCCUCCAUGGUGGAACUCUUGUUCCUUAUUAUCUUGAUGAACAAACAGGAUGGGGGCUUGAGAUCUCAGAGCUUGAGCAUCAGUUGAAAACUGCAAAAUCCAAGGGUAUUGAUGUUAGGGCUUUGGUUGUGAUCAAUCCAGGCAACCCAACUGGGCAGGUUCUUGGUGAGGCCAACCAACGGGACAUUGUAGAAUUCUGCAAGAGGGAAGGCCUUGUCCUUCUGGCUGAUGAAGUCUAUCAAGAGAACGUGUAUGUGCCUGACAAGAAAUUCCACUCAUUUAAGAAGAUUACCCGCUCUAUGGGCUAUGGGGAAAAGGAUAUAUCUUUAGUGUCUUUUCAAUCGGUGUCAAAAGGAUUCUAUGGAGAGUGUGGAAAGCGAGGAGGUUACAUGGAGAUCACUGGUUUUAGCCCUGAAGUGAGGGAACAGAUAUACAAAUUGGCGUCUGUCAAUCUGUGUUCCAAUAUCUCUGGUCAGAUACUUGCAAGCCUCGUCAUGAGUCCCCCAAAGGUGGGAGAUGAAUCAUACGAGUCUUUUUCUGCUGAGAAAGAAGCAAUACUCUCGUCCUUGGCUAGACGUGCAAAGACGCUAGAAGAUGCACUGAAUAGUUUGGAAGGAGUGACAUGCAACAGAGCAGAAGGGGCUAUGUAUCUCUUUCCGUGUAUUAACUUCCCCGACAAAGCAAUAAAAGCAGCAGAAGCAGCUAAAACUGCACCAGACGCUUUUUAUGCUAAACACCUUCUUAAUGCCACUGGAAUCGUUGUUGUUCCAGGCUCUGGAUUUCGCCAGGUUCCUGGAACCUGGCAUUUUAGGUGCACAAUAUUACCACAAGAAGAGAAGAUACCAGCUAUCGUAUCUCGUCUUACAGAAUUCCAUAAAAAGUUCAUGGAUGAAUUCCGUGGCUAAGGAAUCAGAGAGUGCAUCCUAGCGGAACCUAAUAGUAGAGAAUUUUGAAUAAGCAAUGCCGAUUGCAUCCGGUGCGCGAAUGUUUUGUUUGCCUGCUUCCAUAGUCGAACUGUCAGGACUGUAAUGUCCCAAAUUUUGGGAAUUGUUUCUCUUUUUCUUCUUGGGAUUUGUCCUUGUAAUUGACGAGUAUCAGCUUCAGCUCAUACUGUGUAGCCUGUUAAUUUAUCCCAGCCUCAGACAUUCAGUGGAAAUAUAGAUGUGAUUUGUGCAACCAUGAAAA